AUGGCAGCGAACAAGAAUCUCGAUCCCACUACGUGCACCACCGCUGCGGAAGCAUUCAGAUAUCCUCUCCCGCAAGUCCGACAGUUUCACCGAAGUCUUACGGCCGAACUUGAUGAGAAGAAUGCACGAUUGCGAACCCUUGUAGGCGGAAGCUACAGACAGUUGCUGGGAACAGCAGAGAUGAUUCUGCAGAUGAGGGAGGACAUUGGCGAUGUUGAGGACAAACUCGGGAGAGUUGGUAAAGGUUGUGGGAGGGGUGUCAUUGGGGGAAUGGCAAGCGGUCUGGGGAAGAUGCAAGACAAGACGAGGGGGGGCAAGGAUGCGGAAGAAAUGGGGUGGUCGGCCAGAAUGAAAGUUCUGGACAUGUGUGGAGUUGUUGCUGGAAAACUUUUGAGGAAGAACGUGGAUGGUCAUGCCGAAUCGUCAGAUGGGAGAGGGAAGAAUCUUGUGCUGGCUGCGAAGGUCCUCGUGCUCAGCCGUUUGUUGAUGAAGAGUGUCCUUGAAUCAGCAUCACGAAGAAGCGCAGACGUAAAGGCAUCGGUGGAAGAUGUCAAGAGAAAACUGGAUUCCCUGCGAAGAAGACUAUCCGGAGCGAUCAAAAGGACACUUGAGAAAACUGUUGCAGACAGUCAGAGGACCAGCCUCAUCCAAGCACUUUCUGCAUACAGCCUGGCUAAUAGCUCUGGAGCAAAAGACGUGCUGUGGUAUUUCUUACGUGUGCGGGGUGACGCUCUCGCUCUGACCCUUGAACCUACCGCAGACCCCAGACAAGAUAGCCAAGCAAUCUUGAGAUCUUUGGAGCUCUACACCAAGACGAUGCUUGAUGUACAAGCAUUGGUUCCUCGACGACUUUCGGAAGCACUCGCAGGCUUGAAGACGAAGCCCUUGCUUAAAGACGAGGCCCUUCGGGAUUUGGAGGGCUUGCGACUAGAUGUCUGCGAGAAAUGGUUUGGGGAUGAGAUCCUGUUCUUCAUUCCCUAUAUCCGACACGAUGAUAUAGAGGGAGAAUACGCCGUAUCCAUGCUCAAGGGAUGGGCCAAAAAGGCGUCGGAGGUUGCGUUAGACGGACUGACAAAAGUUCUGGAACGGAUGGCCGAGUUCAAGACGGUCGUAGACCUUCGGACGGAAAUUCUUGAGAUUUGGAUCAAGGAAGGAGGCAAGGCAAAGGGAUUUGAUCCUUCGGUGUUCCUAGAUGGGCUGAGGCAAGUGAUAAAUGAUCGCAUGGUACAGCUACUUGAAUCAAGGGUCAGCAAAUUACAUCUCGUCACCACGGAAAUUGAGGCGACGUUAGGCUCGUGGACGAAAGGUAUCACCGACAAGCACGAAAGCUUAUGGGACGAUACCAUGCUGGAAAUGGAUAUCAGUAACGGAGCGGCCCUCUUUAAGCAGGGCGUUCUGGCCCGCACUCAUGGCAGAAACGAUGCUGUAUCAAGAGCAUUCCGAGGGUAUCAGACAUGGCGACAUCUCGUGGACGAGAUUAUUGUUGUCCUAGAGCAGCUGAAGAAACAAAGAUGGGACGAUGAUCUGGAAGAUAUCGAGGAUGAUCUGAGCUUGGAAUCAAGAAAUGCUUUGCUGAGCACCGAAGAUCCACAAAUGUUGCAGAACCAUUUGGAUGAGAGUUUAAGCAAGGCUUAUACAGCUCUCCACGAGAAGAUGGCCUCUUUAAUUGCAGCUUACAAAGACAGCGAUUAUGUUGGGCAAAUAUCUGUUUAUGUUCUUCGCAUAAUCCGAGACAUUCGUUCAGAACUUCCCAAAAACGUUUCGUUGCAGACAUUCGGUCUCUCACUGGUCCCCGCCUUACACGAAAGGCUUGCAAAAACAACCUCAUGGGCAUCGCUCAAAGUUUUGGAUGGGACAUUUACCAGGAAGAGCGUUGCCGGAAGAGCGUUAUGGGAAGGCGAUCCAGAGCUCCCAGUGCAGCCUUCUCCUAGCACUUUCAAAUUUCUGCACUGUCUUCUUUUAGAUAUGGCGAAAGCUGGUGCGGAUCUAUGGAGUCCAAGAGCGAUUCGGGUGUUGAAACGGAAUCUACGUGCGGAAUUGGGCCAACGGUGGACUGCAGCCCUGAAAGUACAAGAGGGGAAGGAUUCAACUCAGGUCAAUGGCAAUGCAACAAACGGGGAAGUUGACGAAGAGCACCAGGACAGGCCCAUCGAGCAAGAGCACAUUCCCACAGUCAUUGAGCACGACAACACCAAGGAGGUACUGAAACAGACCUUAUUUGAUGUUCUUGUUCUACAAUCUGCUCUUGACCUGUCGGAACUAGCUGCUGAGGAUGAACUAAAAGUUUUAGAGGCGACCAUACAUUCAAAGUUAGAUCUUGACCCAGGGUCACGGAAGAGGCUUCAACAAGUUGCAAAAGAAUAUUGGAAAAGGACAACACUCCCCAACCCCGAAGUCAUGUCAACGACACGGCUUACCUUCCUGUAUCCGCAUUUAUUUCGCUCAAUUCGGGUCAGUGAACCUGCGACAAAUACUGUACGGUUACGCGCACGACGUCCUCAACAGCAAUGCUUGAAAACGAGAAGCUUCUUAACGACAGGGAGGAAGGGGCAACGAUUUGUCCAGCGACAUGGCAAAGCUGUGGAACCUUUUCUUCACCAUGGAGACGCUGAAGAUAGCCUGAAGGUUUUCACGCCCGAGGAGGAUGGGCAAGAGAGUGACAGAGGCAAAGAAGCAGGAAAGAAAUUGCAGGACACAACGGCCGAAGAUGAAGAUGACGGGAACUUGGGCAGGGAACCCUCCUCGUCUGCGCCAUUGUCAGAGGAGACACAGGCAGCUGCUAGAUUGCCUGGAGAUGACGGCGCGCCUGUUGAUGAGAAACUAAGUGUGGACGAACCAACGCCACUACAAACAGCUGCUUCAAACAUGAAGGAUGUUUUACCACCGCUCGAAACGAUAUUACAGAUGCCACCGCCUGAAACUGCAGAGGAAAGAAAUGCAGCAAAACCGCCGCAUCUGCAGACGCCACCAUAUGUUCAUCAUUUCGAUACCUAUACAUUAGUACAGCAGGUCGAGGCUGGAGGGUUUACAGAGGCGCAAAGUAUCACGGCUAUGAAGGCUGUGAGAGGAUUACUGGCGCUUAACCUCGACGUCGCGAAAGCAGGUCUAGUCAGUAAGAGCGACGUCGAGAAUGAAACAUAUCUCUUCCGAGCAGCAUGUUCUGAGCUGAAGACAGAAAUAUCGAAUAGUCGCAAGAAGACUGAGGAGACUAUGCGCCGGGAACGCACACUCUUGCAGCAUGAAGUCGAUAUUUUGAACCAGAAGAUGACCCAGGAGCUUCUUGCUCUUAAAGACGAGCUAAAAGGGAUGUUUGAUGAUCGAAAGAUGGAUGUGAGAAUGGAACAGAGGGCGAUGGAGAGCAAGAUCCAAGAGCUGAAUUACAAGAUUACUGUCAUGCUCAACAGCGACAGUAAAUCCGAGGUCGAAGGUCUAAGAUGGGUGCUGACAAGGAGAUCCGUGAUGGGCAUCCUUUUCAUGGCCUUCAUGGUCCUGACUUCGCUGCGUUAUGCCAGCUACAAAUCCCAUGAGGAUGAAGUUAAGAAGAAGAAGGAGGCAGGAAUGAAGGUCGACGAAAGAGUUGAAGAUUUACCAGCUCAAGGCGCGGCAGAGAUUUUAGCUGCAAAUUGAAGCUUCAGCGCAUACCCCCAGACGAUAUAGCCUCUACCUAUUGUUUGGGAAGAUCUUAGAAGAUCCUGCGGACUCCAUGAUACCCGUCGCGAAGCCACUAGGACUCUUCGCAAAAAUAAAUGAACAUCAUUGAUUGAUCU